AUGGAGGCAGUGUGCCGGUCACUCGUGGAGUACAACAUCAGGGUCCGGGAUCUGGGGCAGCUGUUUGUCACCUGCCCGGCACUGCUCACUUGUCGCGCAGAGGAUAUCCAUCAGCGGGUAGAAGACAUCUCUCAAAUGCUUGGAGCACCCACCAGCAAGAUCACCAAGGAGAGCUGUCUUGCGAACCUGAUCUCUGGCGCACCCGGCAUCUUGGCGGAUCCCGAUGCCAUGAGACGGUUGCAAUUCCUUGUCGGUCACAGUGUGGACGUCCUGCAGUCAAUCAGGUUCCUGACCCUACAGCUGCAAGUGGACAGCAAAGGGACACUACUGCUGGUGGCCUCACAUCCUGAAAUUUUGAUAACGGGCAUUGCUGAAGCCUUCGAGGCCCUGCUCGCAGUGCUACCCCUUCAAAAGGCAGAGCUCAAGGCGGUCAUCAGGAAGCACCCUAUCACAUUGGGCGUGGAUGUGGAGCGAGCUGGAAGUGUGCUCAAGGCGUUACGUGCAGGCGGCAUGGAAGAUGCUGAGGUGGUGCAGCUGGUGAGGCUGGCAUUCCUGACAAAGCUGCUGGGCGUGCCAGCGGGGAGCAUCUUGGGUGCACCGAGCCUCUUCUUCAACAGGUCUGUGGUGAGCACCAUCGGCCCACGCUUCAGCUUCAUCAAGGAUUGUCUGCCGGAUAGCACCGCCACAUGGGCGCCCACCACGCUCCUGCGCUCUUCUGAUGAGGACUUCUGCGAGCUGACAGAGGCACCCCUGGAGCAGUAUGCAAUCUACAAGAAGCAGUGGCAGGAGGCGAAUGGGAGAAGGUUUCGAGCAAAAUAA